GCUGUAACUCUACAUUAUAUAAUAAAUUAAUGGAUGCGUGUUUUCCUUUCCAGCCCGGCGCCGUGGGUUGGAUCCGCUCCCAUGAAUCUGGGCGUCUUUGUCGUACUCCUAAUGGCAGGCCAUGCCCUGGGCGUAGCUGAGUCCGGCUGUGAUCAGGCUCAGUUCUUGCAUGCCAGCGGCACCUGUAUGGACUGCCCCACAUGCGGACCAGGACAGCAGCUCUCAGAGGACUGUGGAUAUGGUGAUGGUGGGGGUGGGCACUGCGAGGCAUGUGAUGAGGGGGAGUUCAGUGCCGAUACGGGCCUCGCCCCCUGCUGGCAGUGCACAGAGUGCACCCUGCUGAACCGUAUGGAGCAAAAGCCCUGCACCCCCACCAGCAACGCGGUUUGCGGCCCCUGCUUGAAGGGGUUUUAUGAGCUGAAGAGGAAGAACAGAGUGAUGGAGCCGCUCUGCAUGCCUUGCCUCAGCGCCUUUGGCGGGGUCCGGAGAGAUUGCCUGCCCCCUGCCCCCAGGGCAGAUACGGCAGGGGUGGAGCCAGUUGCGGCUUCAGUUGCUGUGAUUGGCUCAUCAUCUGCUGCCACCGCCUUCUUCCUAGUGCUGUUGCUGUGGGUGUUGCUGUUGACAGUGGAGAGACUCAAUAAAAGGUUCAAGCUUGUCUCACGGCCCAGAGGGUUGAAUGCUGGAUCUCUGAGAACGCUCCUUCCAUGUGCCAUGCCCCGCACCACGCCCAGUGCCACACCCGUAGCCUGUGGCAUGACUGAGGAGGAAUUAGAGCAGCAGAAUCCAUGUGACACCUCCAGGAGAACUCUCCUGAACCAAGAGGAAGACGUACACACCCCUGCUAUUGUCAUUAAUGUCACCACGAACAUCAAGCCUGUCAGUCAAGGCCAGGGUGAAGACUGUGAAUGGGAGAGGCCAGAGGAAAGCCCGUGGUGCUUGAAGGAGAUGCAGAAGAAGCUACAGGAAAUUUCUGCAAUGACUGCAGGUCAAAUGCUGGAGGAGCUGGAUUAUGACACUGUGCAUGAGAUGUCCCUGCUGAUUGACGCUGGGCGCCGCCGGAGCGGCCUUAGAAGGCUGGGCCGUGCCCUUGGGGUAUCGCCUGAGGUACUGGCCAAUGUCUGUGGCUUCCAGGAGUUGUUCCAGUAUCUGAGCACCUCAACCAGUACUCUGCUGCCUCAGCUGGCAGAGGCCAUCGCCUCUCUGCCCCGCCCCGACCUUGUGGCCAGGAUGCACCAGUGCCUACUGGCAAGGAACGGCCUACAACCCCAGGGGGUGCAGGACGGAGGCUCCCCGCCACCCAAGGAUGAAGGUGUCCUGGGGCCCUCAGCCUUGACACGUCCGCCAGAUACCUGA